UUAUAGAAGCCCACUUCAAACUCUGCACAACUGCAUUCCUUCUAUGCACUUUCUCCUUUCUUUCUCUCACCAUGUCAAAGUUUCAAUGCGUUUCCUGUGUUGCUAUUCUUCUUUUUCUUCUCAAUUCAACCCCAACACACUGCCACACCAAAGGAAUAAGACCCAAGAACUCCGCCGGGAAGAGGCUGUCGACCAAUAUGACACAGACCCAAUUCGCAGAACAGCAAUUCAUGAAGUGGGUAAGGUUUGUUGGGAGCCUCAGGCACUCUAUGUUUAAGGCAGCCAAGAAUAAGCUCUUCCCCUCUUACGCAAUCACUGUGAAUAAGAAUUCCGCGGCCGGAGACUUUAGGUCUAUUCAGGAUGCUAUUGAUUCUCUGCCUUCCAUCAAUCUAGUGAGAGUUGUUAUCAAGGUCCAUGCGGGAGUUUACACGGAGAAGGUUAAUAUCCCCGCAUUCAAAUCCUUCAUAACCAUAGAAGGAGCAGGAGCAGAUAAAACAGUUGUUCAAUGGGGAGAUACUGCUCGGACAAUUGGGGAAAAAGGACAGCCUAUUGGCACCUUCAAUUCUGCAACUUUUGCUGUGAAUUCCCUUUAUUUCAUUGCCAAGAACAUCACAUUCAAGAACACUACACCAGUUCCAGCUCCGGGAGCUGUAGGAAAGCAAGCGGUGGCAUUUAGAAUAUCAGGAGACACAGCAGCUUUCUUGGGGUGUAAAUUCUUGGGAGCUCAGGACACACUAUAUGACCAUCUGGGUAGGCAUUAUUACAAAGAUUGCUACAUUGAAGGCUCUGUGGAUUUCAUCUUUGGAAACGCCCUCUCCCUAUUUGAGGGAUGUCACGUGCAUGCCAUAGCACAAAAUACAGGGGCCCUUACAGCACAAGGCCGGAGUAGUCUCCUAGAAGACACGGGAUUCUCAUUUGUGAACUGUAAGGUCACGGGCUCAGGAGCUCUGUUCCUUGGGAGGGCAUGGGGUCCCUUCUCCAGGGUGGUCUUUGCCUACACUUAUAUGGACGAUAUUAUCAUUCCCAAAGGCUGGUAUAACUGGGGUGACCCCAGCCGGGAAAUGACUGUGUUUUAUGGGCAAUACAAAUGCACAGGGCCAGGAGCAGCCUUUGCAGGAAGAGUGUCAUGGUCAAGAGAGCUCACUGAUCAGGAAGCCAAGCCUUUUAUUUCACUUAGCUACAUUGAUGGGUCUGAAUGGAUCAAAAUGUAAUGAUUCCAUUCCCCACUUACUAUUAUUAUUUUUUUCCCAUUAAUCUUUGUAAAAGGCAUGAAAAAUGGUGAUGUUGCUUGGUAUAUAAUCAUGAUAAAUCCUUCUAUGCUUUCCUCAA